UUUGUGAGGUAGCUCUUCUACUUUCUAAAUCAUUUCAUUUUCAUCACUUCGUCUGUCUGUUGGGCUUCCUUUGCCCUCUGUGAUCAUGAAAUACUACUGCCCAAGCUCACUUCCUAGGUACAGGCGAUAUGCAAGGCGCCUCAAGACUGUGCAUUUCCCCAAUGAUGUUCUCUUCCAGGACCACAUUCGACAGGGUGACUUGGAACAAGUAGGACGUUUCAUUCGGGCCAGGAAAGUCUCCUUGGAUACCAUCUAUCCCUCUGGAAUGGCUGCCAUCCAUGAAGCUGUGCUUGCUGGGAACCUCGAAUGCGUCAAGCUUUUGAUAAAAUACGGCGCUGACAUAAAUCAGACAGAUGAUGAGGGCUGGACACCUCUGCAUAUGGCCUGUAGUGAUGGCUAUGCUGACAUUGCAAGGUACCUUAUCUCUCUUGGGGCCCAGUGUGAUGCCACCAACAAUGAGGGAGAUAAGCCAUCUGACCUUAUUGACCCAGAAUACAAAGAUCUUGUGGAGCUCUUCCAAGCAGCCCAUGUAAACUAAAACUAUCUCUUUUCCAUGUGAAAUCCAGUUUCUAUGGCAGACAGCAUAAUCUGUUGUACAAAGGGGGAAACUAGCAAAGUUGCUCCUAUGAAGUUGGUAAGGGAGUGUAAGAUCUCCUAAAAGAGGCCAUACUAUAGCUGCAAUAGGUAUACUGUAUAUGAGACUGACUACUUGGGGAUUUCUCAGAGAUAUACUUGAGAUAGUCCAUCCAAAAAGAAAUGCAACAUUCUUUAUGGUGGUUCAUUGUCCAAUUCAUUAGAUGACAUAUACUGGUUCUGAUGGGUGUGACUGUGUAGGUAGUUUACAUAUACUGUAUGUUUGUGAUCUGGAUUGGACCAGACACCUCACCUCAC